CGACGUCAUCGAAACCUGUGUAAGUCUUUGUGAUGACGUAAAGCACAUGCGGUAGUCUUUCAGUGGGAGGAAGGAUGGCGGUCGACUUGAAGAAAAAUAAAGAUUCCCUGCUAAAAGCUUACAACGAUGUUGUCAGCGAUAAUUCUGGUACUAAUUGGGUUAUCUUUGGCUAUGAAGGAUCUACCACUGCCUUGAAGGUUGUUGAAACAGGAGAUAAUGGGAUACAAGAACUUGCAGAUGAACUAAACAGUGGCCACAUACAGUAUGCUUAUUGCAGAGUAGUUGAUCCAAACACGGAUCUGCCAAAAUAUGUACUAGUCAACUGGCAAGGAGAAGGUGCCCAAGAUUCAUUUAAAUUGAAGUAUGCCACACAUCUGAAGGACAUUCAGGCUUUUUUGAAGAUGGUACAUGUUACCAUUAAUGCACGCACAGAUGCUGACAUUGAUGAAGAUGACAUUGUCAAGAAAGUGGCUAAGUCUUCAGGUGCCAACUACAGUUUCCAUAAAGAAAAAGCAAAGCCUAUAGAUGCUCCAGCUCCUGUGGGCACCAACUACCAAAGAGUCAUGCCCAACAGAGAAAUCGAUGCCAAAAAUCGUGAUAAAUUCUGGGCACAGACUGAAAAGGAGGAGGUAAAAAGACGAGAGCUGGAGGCAAAACGAACAGAAGAAGAGAACAAGAAGCUAGACCAAGAGAGGAAAGAGAGAGAAUUACAAGAAGCAAGAGAUCGAGACAAGAAGAUGGAAGAAAAAAUUUCGGCAGUAAGACAGCAGAAACAGGCAGAAGCCAAAGCUAAUGAAUUAAGACAAGCAGAAGAAAAAGAACGCUGGGACAGACAGCAAAAAGACUCCUACCAUGAUGAAGAAGAAAGGAGGCAUCGUAGUGACCAGAUGAGAAAACAACGACAAGCUGAAGCUUCUUCUUUGGUCUCUUCUACAACCUCUAGUGCCAGAGAUUUCUUUAAGCAAAAAUCAGUUGAGAGACCUGAUGCUGAUGCCAGGAGAGCACCCCCACCACCAAGGAAAAUCAAAUCCGAUUUCUUGGAGCAACAACAGAAACCAGAAGAACCACCCAAAAGAGAACCAAUCCAGAUUCCAAAGUCUGAGCCGUUAGCUGAAAUACCACCUUCCAGCCCAUUUGAGGAGGAGGAACCAUAUUAUGUUCCUGAAACAUCCCCUUAUGAAGUGGAGCCAGAACCUGAACCGCAACCAGCAUAUGAGCCUGAACCAGAACCAGCUUAUGAGCCUGAACCAGAACCAGCUUAUGAGCCUGAACCACCUUUGAGGCCAACUGAACUGGUGCCGCAGGUGCCUCAAGGUCGAAAUCUUCUUCAGCAGGGCUUGCCAGCAAGACAGAACUCAGAAGAGGCUGAAGAGGAACAAAAUUGGGAUGAGCAGCCACAAGAAGACUUCUCUCCACCAGAGCAGAAGCCCAGUCAGAUAGAAGACGUCCCAUCUGCGCCUGGCAAUGUGACCAGUACUGAAGGCCAAGGCAGUUGUGCACGGGCUCUGUACGACUAUCAAGCUACUGACGACACAGAGAUUUCCUUUGACCCUGGCGACAUCAUCACAAACAUAGACCAGAUUGAUGAAGGCUGGUGGCAAGGGUUUGCACCUGAUGGGAGCUAUGGGAUGUUUCCAUCCAACUAUGUGGAACUCAUUUGAUAAAGCAGUGCUGUGGCUUUAUGUUUGCCUGAUUGUAGACUGCACUGCAUCAUGAUUGAAUGAAUACUUAAAACUGAGUGAAUCUAGAGUGGUGAAGAACAUACUGUUUAACUGGUUCACAGAUCAUAAUUUAUGUGCAUAGUUAUGUGAAGUAUAUGCUGAUGUAAUGUAUGUACCUUCCCAACCAUUUGACAACUUUUUUUUAAGUUAGGAACAUCCCAAUGUAGAAAAUCAAUUUUUAUUAAAUAAGGUUAGUUUACUAUGCUGAUAUCCUGGCAGAGUUCCAUUUCCUAAAAUAGUUUUAAACAGACUUGAAAUAGCAGGGUUAGUCUGACCUAAAAAAAAAUGCUUAGGUAAAAAUGAAAUCCUUUCAAGUAAAUGAAUGUUUAUGGAGAGAAUAUUGCAUUGAUUUAUGGAAAUAAUGGUUACUUCAACCUGAUAUCUUUUUCCUUUUAUUCAUUGAUUUAUCGUGUUUUAAAUGGUAAUUAAAAUGGAUUGUAAGCAUAGUUUAUAGCUUGAUCAUAUAGACAACCAUUAAACUGUCAAACAUUUAUGACAGUGUAGACAUCUCAAGUGCUCAUUCAGCCUUUUAAUGAAAGCUGAAGUCAGCAUUGUUGGCUGCUUGUCAGACUUUUAGGGAAAUAAUAGCAACCUGUUCAAACUCUUCAGUAAGAAAAACAACAAAAUUCCAAAGCCCUUUUAAUUUAUAACUAAUGGGCCUGGUGCAUGAUGAAAACAAGAGCUGAAUGUGAUAAAUUCUGCUGUGUCACAUAAAAAUGCACAUUUCUUCUGAAAAUAUUUGGUAAAAUGCUAUAAAGGUCCUGUAACUCAUAGCAUUAGGCAUUACUGGGCAGAGCUACUUAUUGCAUGCCUUAUUAUGCUUGUUUUGAAGAAUUUUAAGCCAGACUUGUAUGAAAGUGUUUACAGAAUGCCUUGUAUUUCUUAUUCAUCGUUGCCUGGCAUUGGCAGUAUGGUCAUUGAUAGGAACCACCUGUUUGUGAUGGAGUUUUGUCACAAACCCAAUUCUAAGCAUGACUGCACUUAUUUAUGAACUAUCUGAUGUUUUGAAGAUAUAGCUGGUGGUGGUGGUUUUUAAAAUUUUUUAUGUGGAAUACUCUGUCAUUUACUUUAAAUAAAUUAAUUUUUUUGUUAAUAAAUUCAUUGAUAAAAGUAUAUAGAUGUUCCUGUAAGGCUUCACAAAUUCAGUCUCUUGCUACUCUUAAAGGUAUAAUUUUGCUUUUGUUUUAUCUUUUGAAAUUUUCAGUAGUGGAGUCAUAAAACAUAGCUCCCCUAAGACUAUCAUGUGAAACAUAAAACAGCAUUACUAUUUAAAAACUGGUGCUGAUGACCAUGAAUUAUGUCACUUAGUAGCAUGGACAACUACCUGUGCACUGUUAAUGCAUUUGUAAAUUAUUUGCACACAUUUUUUUGGAUUUAAAAAAGAAUCAGGUAUGCAAUAUUAUCAAGUGUUUGCGACAAUGUAGAAAGUGUGUGGUUUUUUUUUUAUGGAAGUAAAACUGAAGGAUUGUAAGUAGCUGCACAAGUUUGUUGGGACUAAUGAUACCAAAGUCAUAUCACUGUUUCACUUUAUCAGUGAAUCUGCAGUUAGCAUUUUCAUUCCCAUGUUUUGUAAAUGAACUAUUGUGCCCAUGCAGGCCCUUGUUGAUGAGCAUUCUUGCGAAAACUGAUAAAUGUUUGUAUGAUUACAGACAGAUUUUGUCAUUUUAAGUGACAGCCAUUUUAAUUGCUUCUACAUUUUUUUGCACUUGCUUUAUUCCACCUAAUCUGUAACUACAGUCACCACUGCACGUCAUAUGGAGCUCAUCACAACUGAUGCGAUCAGUGCCUUUAAAUGGAUAUUAUGCUUACUUUAUGAACUCUGGAAAUUGUUUUAGACUGUAUAAGUCAAAUAUUGCAUGUUACUUCUCUUGAUAUUUCUGUUCAUAUUUGUUAAUUAUGAAAAAUGUUUUUUGUAUUUACUCCUUUAAUUUCAUUUUUGAGGAUUUCUUCCUUUUGAAACUUGCAUUUUAGGGGGAGCUUUGGAUCAAAAAUAGUGGCUCUUGCUUUGCAAUUUGUCCCAAAGUAUUAUCAUUUGUUUCCAUGUUGUAUACCUCAUGGUAAAUUCAUGAACAUCAACUGCAUCAAUUAUUUCCAUAUAAAUAUGAAUAUAUUCACACACGCCCCUUUUUUAAAAAAUCAACUGUGGUGUUGUGGCUUUGUUGUACAGCAUGUGGUCUGGAUACGAGAUAAGAGUUGGGAAAAUUGAAAAUGUGAGAUAACACAGAUGUCAUUUGAUUUUCUGCUUGAUGUGACGAGAAUAAUUGUAUUUUUAUUAAAAUAGAUAGUUGAAAUCAAAAA